AUGAUGAAAGUAGCAGGAUCAGCGGCCAAGAAAGGUGGCAAGAGGGCAGCAAAGAAAACCGGAAAGAAAGUGGCGAAGAAACAAAUUAAAAAGCAGGCCAAGAAACAGGUCAAGAAGCAGGCAAAGAAGCAGGCAAAGAAGCGAGUAAAAAAGCAAGUGAAGAAGAAGGCUAAAAAGAAGGCGAAAAAGAAGGUGAAAAAGAAGGUCAAGGACAAAGCGAAGAAGAAAGUAAAGAAAAAGGCGAAGAAAAAGGCCAAGGAUAAGGCCAAGAAGAAAGUCAAGAAAAAGGUCAAGAAGAAAGUAAAAAAGAAGGUGAAAAAAGAAGUAGACGAUAUGAUGGAGGAUAUGAAGGAUGAUGCCAUAGAUGAAUUACAGAAUACUGCUGAGGAUUUCAUUCAAACACAGUUGCAGUCAAUGCUAGGUGGGCCACAAGGCGAGGACGAGGGAGAAAGUGCAAGCGAAUGGUCUGAUUACGAUGAUGAGGAAGAAAUGGACCGGAAAGUGACGCCAGGGAAGAAAAAAGAAGAGAAGAAAGGAAAAGACAAGGGCAGCCAAAAGAAGGAUCAACGUCGAAGGCCAUCCGUAAAGAUCUUUGAACAAGACGUAGCCGCUACAGGCGCGUUGGCAGCUGAUGAACGGCCAGGGCUCAUCAAGGUUGUUUUGAAGAUUAUUUUCUUCAUCAUCUGGAAGAUUCUAACGUGCUUCUGCUGGUGUCUUUGCAAAUGCCUGAAAAAGGUCUUCCGAGAUCGGACGCCGGCUGAGGCAAAGUGUUGCUGGAAGUGGUGUUGUGUGCCCGGUUCUUACCCCAACACCUUGGGCAAGAACAUCGCUGGUUUCCUCUCGGGUUGCAUACUUGCUUUCCUCUUCUAUUUCAUCUUCAUCUUCAUCAUGGGCUAUGAGUGGAAGAGAGCGGUCACAACAACGUCCAUCCUAGGAUUCAUAUUCUGUUUUGGACUGGCCUUUUCUUCCCGGGUGCGCUGCAUAGUUACACUGAUGCUGCCGCAAUUCUUUACAGGUUUGUGUUCGUGCCCCACCCGGCGUAUCCACACCACUAGUCAAAGUAAUGACUUUCUAUUCUAUGUUGUCCAUGACGCUGAAGGCAAAGGACGGGUGAUCUUGAUGGCCUAUGCCUACAUCCUUUUACUAGGCGGACCUCUGGCAAACCUCACAUAUAACCUGGAUGCAGCCAGCCGUGCCCAAGCUUGCGGAAGCGCCUUAGCCAUGAACCAAUCAUCGACUAUCUUUCAGAUUGUCACCUCUCCUCUUUCUGGUAUUGUUAAUGGUGUGAAGGAUAUGAUAGAGACAGUGAAGAAGCUUGUUGACAAAGCCAGCGAAGCAUUCAUGGCACUCGUAGAUGCAGUCAAAGCCAUCGGUGAUGCGAUCCAAGCAUUCUUCGACUGGAUGGAUACCUUGGUGGAUAAGUGUAAUGAGAGGAUGGGAAGACCAAGGGAUAUAUGCUACGACAAGUUUGAGGAAGGGGCAGACAAGUGUAGGGCUAAAGGAUUAGGUAUUCUCUGCGGCAUUGUCGAUCUGACAAGUAAACUUUGUGAGGUUGCUAACAUGGGCAAACUUCUCUGUCUUUUCCCAAUGUUAGUCAGCUUGAUUGUAGACAAGGCAACACAAGCCUUCGACGUUGCCGUGGAUAAGUUAGAGGAACAGUUCACUGUCGAUUUCGAGUUCACUCACGAGUUCUCCCUCAACCGGAAUUUCUCGAAGACCCCUGACGACAUCAAGAACGCCAUCAUCGAGGAAAUCGGAGGCAGGACAUCGAUUAUCAGAACGGUUCUGUCUUGGGUCAACUACUGUUUAUCAUUUUCCGUCGUGUUCCUGUUUCUAAAGGCCAUGAAGUACAAAUCGAAAUAUUUGACAAAGGAUAAGUUUGACAACGUGUACAUCACAGAUCAGUUUGUAAGGUUGGAGGAAAAAAGACGCGCAAAGCAAAAAUUCACUUUAUUUCCACUCAGCGACCGGGAGACGCUCUACUAUGUCCGGCCAUUUGCACUACGUCUGGCUAAGAGUGAACGUAGGAAGAUGGUCCAUGGAUUAGUGAUGUGGUUCUACCAAGCAGGCUAUGCUCUCAUGCUCAUGUGCUCAGAUAUAUCUGCUUUCUCUUUCCUCACCGUCAUUCGCGAGAAAGUCGAGAUGAGUGUCAAGCAAGGAUUGCCCGGGACUGUCCAUCUGCUUGUCCAAGGUGAUGGGUUACUCUCUGACGUCUACAGAGUCUUGAUAAAGGCACUUGAUCCUUCAUCUCAUGCUAACAUCACCGUUGAUACCACUAAGUGUCUACCAGCAGCCAAUCCUCCUGAUCUCUACUCCUACUACCAAAUAGGAGGCAUAUUUCUCCUGUGUCUGCUACUGGUGCUAACCGAGUCUUACGGCCGAAGACUUCGCCGGGUGGGGGCAGCUUACUUCUACCCUGAGAGGGAGAAGUACCGGGUCGUCUGGCUCUACAACCACAUCAUGAGGAAACGAGGCGGCUUGGUGGAAGCUCUCAUGAUGAAAUUUGGGAGGCAUGGACCUGAUAAGACUGAGGAGAAUAUUGGAUUCAGGAGCAAAUUGGCAUCUAGUUCAAAGAUUUGUCGAAUGUUUCUCGGCUGCUGUGGAUAUGAUCGGAAGUACUGUCUCGAGUGUGGACUGCCGGGAAAACCAGACAAUCUUACCAACUUCAGGAACUGUGGAACUUCAGCUUGUCCAGCUGUUUAUUGUUUAGAAUGCAUUGCUGAGAUCCACAACAUGUGCACGUUAUGUAUGGAACCCGUGGAGUAUAUUGAAUUUUCAGACUUCAGCGAAGAAAAGUAA